AUGUCUGACAACUCAAUCAAGAUCUUUACGGGUAAUUCGCACCCUGAACUUGCCAAGGCUGUAGCCCAGCGUAUUGGUAUCAAUGUGGCCAAGGCCGAUGUGAUGAAGUAUUCCAACCAAGAGACGUCCGUGACCAUUGGCGAGUCCGUGCGAGACGAGGAUGUGUUUAUCAUCCAAUCCGGUUGUGGCGAGAUCAACGACAACUUGAUGGAGCUCUUGAUCAUGAUCAAUGCAUGCAAGACGGCUUCCGCUCGUCGUAUCACGGCCGUCAUUCCUUGUUUCCCUUAUGCACGUCAAGACAAAAAGGACAAGAGCCGUGCUCCCAUCACUGCCAAAUUAACCGCCAACAUGCUUACCGUUGCUGGUGCCAACCACGUUAUCACCAUGGAUUUACACGCAUCUCAAAUUCAAGGCUUUUUCAAUGUCCCCGUGGAUAACCUUUAUUGCGAACCCUCCAUGAUUCGAUACAUUUCAACUCGCAUUCCCAAUUGGCAAAAUGCUAUCAUUGUCUCCCCUGAUGCUGGUGGUGCAAAGCGUGCCACAGCCAUUGCCGAUCGUCUCAAUCUCGAUUUUGCUUUGAUCCACAAGGAACGUAAGCGUGCCAACGAAGUAUCACGCAUGGUGCUGGUGGGUGAUGUGCGUGGCAAGAUUGCUAUCCUCGUGGAUGAUAUGGCAGAUACGUGUGGUACUUUGGGAUUGGCUGCCAAGACCCUCAAGGAUAAUGGUGCUGAACAAGUAUAUGCCAUUGUGGCUCAUGGUAUCUUGUCUGGCAAGGCUAUCAAGGUCAUUAAUGAUUCGGUCAUUGAGAAGCUCGUUGUUACCAACACCAUCCCUCAUGAUGAUAAGCUGGCCAUUUGCCCAAAGUUGGAUGUCAUUGAUAUCUCUGCUACUUUGGCUGAAGCCAUCCGAAGAACCCACAACGGCGAAUCCGUUUCCUAUCUUUUCUCUCAUGUCCCUGAAUAA